AACCCCCAAAUUCCUCCGCCUAAAAACAAACCCUCGAAAUUCCCCCUCCGCGAAAUCGCCGAUCGCGCUCUCUCUCUCUCGCCCUCCCCCGCCCUCCGCCGCCGCAAUUCGCCUCCGCCCCGCCCCUCCGCCGCUCCGAUGGCGGAGCUCCAGGCCCCGAAACCCUAGCCUCCCCGGCCCCCUCCUCCCCGCCGGAUCCUCGGCCCGUUCGAGGCGCCGUCCCCGCCCGACGGCCGCGAGCCGCCCCCUCCGGCGCCGAGCGACGGCGAGGAGGAGGAUGAGGAGGAGGAGGAGGAGUCUCCUCCGGACGAGAUGGAGGAGGACGGCCGCGCGCUGGGCCCGUACGCGACGGCGGACGAGGAGGAGGUGGAGAAGGAGGUCUCGCCGGAGGAGAACCGGUACUGCUGCUACAGGCGGCGGGAGCUGAGCUGGUGGUCGCCGUGGUACCCGCGGAGGCGGAUGAUCUGCGGCCCGCCCUUGCUUCUCCCGGCGCCCCCCGUCCCCGAGAUCGUGCCUUCUGGAGUGGGCGCAGGGCUUACUAAUUUGGGGUUCACGUGCUUCUUGAAUGCGGUAAUGCAAUGUCUCACUCAUACUGUGCCGCUCGUCCAAGCGAUCCGCGGCUUCAACCAUGCCGAUCUGUGCGAUCGAGGCAAAGAGGGCUUCUGUGUCCUGUGCGUGCUGCGCAACCACAUCGAACUCUGCAUAUCUUCUUCCGGCAGGAUAGUUUCUCCAUUCAAAUUAGUCCACAAUCUGAACAAUAUAUCUUCUGAUUUUCAGAGGUAUCAACAGGAAGAUGCUCAUGAGUUCCAACAGGCCUUGUUGGAUAGACUCGAAAGGUGCUGUUUAGAUUCAAAAGCAGAGGAUGAAGUGUCUGCAAGAAGCAAUAUUGUGGAUCAGGUUUUUGGCGGUCGUCUCGUAAGCAAACUACAAUGCUGCAGUUGUGGACACUGCUCCUACACUUACGAGCCCCUUAUUGACCUGAGUCUGGAGAUUGAACAUGUGGCCAACCUUUCGGCUGCUCUGGAAUCUUUCACUAAUGUAGAGAAGAUCGAAGAUCCUGAGACAAAGUUCAGAUGUUCAAACUGCAAUCAAGAAGUGUCGAUGGAGAAGCAGCUUCUGCUGGAUGAGGAACCCUCAGUUGCUGUAUUCCAUUUGAAGCGAUUCAAGAGUGAUGGUUUCAAUGUUGAGAAGAUAGAUAAGCAUGUGGAUUUUCCUUUAGAGCUUGACCUGCAGCCUUACACUGGUGGCAGUCGGAUUCAUAAUGUGGGAAUCAAGUAUCAACUCUAUGCUGUUGUGGUGCAUAUCGGAAUUUCGCCCACUUCUGGGCAUUAUUUUAGCUUUGUUAGGUCUUCUCCUGGGACAUGGCAUAGGUUUGAUGACGCUGAGGUCCAGAAGGUCCAGGAGGAUCUUGUGUUAGCUCAGGAUGCCUACCUUCUAUUUUACACAAAGCAGGGCACACCUUGGUUUUCUAGUUUGAUGGAGGCACAGAAACCAAAUUUAAAUCCAGACUUGUCUGAUGCAUCACCCACAUCGGUGUUGGAUAAUCUGGAUGUGCCUUGCACUUCAUCCCCUGGCAUGGCUGAUAUUGACAAGCCCAUAUUUUGUGAACCUUCUCAUGUUUCCAUUGAAGGUGCCCCCACAUAUCCUGGAAAUGGUUCUGGGAAUAAUAGCCUUGGCGAAGUUACAGGUGGUGCCAUAGUAGCCAAGUCAUUCGAUCAUGACUUGGGGGAAAAUGAGGUGGUUAAUGACUCCAGAGAUGACAUAGAGGCUCCUUUGAGUUCUGAUGAGCGUAAUUGUCACGGUGAAACUUCAUUUAGUGGGAGGGGAGAAUCCACAACCUCCUUUUGUGGGAACAUCUGUGAGCCUGAAAGUCAGGGUUUGGUGAACAAUGAUGUUUUUCGUCCUCUGACACCCGUUCGAUCUCCAUCUCCCAGUCCCGCAUCUCCAGAUACUUAUGCCAGGAAAUUGUCAGGAGAAAGUGAUGGAAAUUCGCAUCUUCUGAAACCACAUCGGGUGACUUGUAAACAACAAUUGAGUAAAGCUUUGGACGAUCCAAAGCGAAGGGAAGCUAUUCGGUACAUAAGGCAAAUGCCUUCUUCAAGGGGUCUUAGAUUGUACCAGGCUGUGCUGGGUCCGCAAAGUCCUGGCGUUUCGAAAAAGAAGAUGGACAGAAGAAGAAUGAGAGCAUCUCCAUGUAAGAGGACUAGCCCUCCAAGUGCUCGCCCCAGGUCUAGUCAUGUGCACUCCGUGGCCGCUCGAACUCGUUGAUAGCUUGGGUUGGGGAAUUGACUGUGAGCUCUCUGACUUUGAAGGUGAUGCCAAGUGGGCAAGGACCAAGUUUUCUUAUUGUUCUAUGGUUAUAUGUUCUUUUUUGUUAUGGAGACAGUAGGUUGCUCUAUUUGGCAUCUUAUGUAUAUGCUAACUGCUGCAUUGGAAAACCAAAGUAGUUCAAAGUUUCAUUUUGUCCC